UAAUAUGGUAGCCUAUUGGCUGUGAAACAAAAUUUCAGGUUACAACACUGAAAACAUGUAAUUAAAUGUGAUUUAAAUGACUAUAACAGUGCACACAGUGGCAUAGCGUCUGUGCUCUGGGGGCACUUCUUCAAACAUGGGGGUGGGGGUGUCUACACACAUAAUUGCAGGGUGUUUGGGGAUCACGUGACCUCGCCAGCACAGGAUGUCCCACGCAGGGAGAGCGGUGACUUGAAGCGUGGCCACAGUCGGCUCGCUCGCGCGGUGGCAUCCAGCACAUGGUGAAAGUUGGAGAAAAAGUUUUAAAGCGACACAAGCGUAAUUUAGAGGCGAAUUAGCGCUUCUAUCAGUCGGGCUUGACGGGGAGAAUUUUGCAAUUACUUCUGUGGCUCCGAGUUUAUUUUUCUCGACUCAAUAUUUAAUCAAAAAAGGAGCAAACAAACAAACAAACAAACAUAAUUCUCCUUCGCUGGUGCCGAUGUUUCUGCAAGACAUCCGUGCGUCCGCGCUGCCUCUCAUUCAUCCAGCAGAGGAGAGGAGCCCGUGUCCGAGGAUACAAUGAAGCAGUGUGUCCUUGUCCGACACAAUGCAGCAAGAUGCUACAGAGGGGACGAUACUGUUUCUCACAAGAUCAGGAUCGUUUUUGCUCGAUUGCAGAGAGAGAUCAGCUAAAGAUUGAAGCUUUAGCCUCUGCAUGACAAGCUAUGACCGACACACACACUAAACUCUAGACGUCCAGUUACGAAGCCAGGACUCAAGAAUGAAGACCAAAUAUGCAAUUGUCUUCAUCUGUAUCGUGGCCCUGGUCAUCAUCGAAAAGGAAAGCAACAUCCUAUCUAGGGUCUCUGAUAAGCUGAUCCAGAGGCAGAUUCCGCAGCAGACCCCACAGACUCCAUUGGAUUACAGCAACACAACACAAAAUGGCUCCCUGAUGAUGCUCAAAAUGCUGCUCUCCAAACUCACCGGCACAAAAGGGAAUUACUCAAAUCUAUCCGAGGAGCAAGAAGAGGACGAACUAGAUGAUUUAGGCACAUACAGCUUCAGCGGUGGCCGUAAGCACAUAUUACUCUUGGCCACCACACGAACGGGUUCCUCAUUUGUGGGGGAAUUUUUCAACCAGCACGGGGAGAACAUGUUUUAUCUGUUUGAGCCUCUGUGGCAUGUCGAGCGCAUGCUGACCAUGGCAUCCGAGGCAAACAACGGAACAGUGUUGGCAGGAAUCUACCGGGAUGUACUCCAGGGGCUUUUCCUGUGUGAUUUCUCUCCCCUUGAGAAGUUCAUCUCCCCGCCUCCUCAGGAACACGUUACCCCGGCUCUUUUUCGCAGAGAAUCUAGUUUAUCGCUCUGUGAAGAAUCUGUCUGCAGUCCAGUAAUCAAAGAUGUUUUUGAAAGGUAUCACUGUAAGACUCGUCGCUGUGGGCCGCUGAACUUGACCCUCGCAUCUGAAUCCUGCCUUUCCAAGCAACACCAUGCCAUUAAGACAGUCCGUGUGCGCCAACUGGACACAUUGCAGCCUUUGGUGCAGGAUCCUCGUCUGGAUGUGAGAGUGAUCCAGCUAGUCCGAGAUCCACGUGCCAUUUUAGCAUCCCGCAUGGUGGCUUUCUCUUCGAAGUACCAGACAUGGAAGGCCUGGGCGCAGGACGGCCAGGUGCCUGAAGAUGACGAGGAGGUGAAGAGGCUCAAAGGCAACUGCGACCAGAUUAGGAUGUCUGCAGAGGUGGGACUGAGCCGACCUCGCUGGCUAAGGAGCCGCUACAUGUUGGUGCGUUAUGAGGAUAUUGCCCGCUACCCCAUGCAGAAGGCAGAGGAAAUGUACAGGUUCACGGGGAUACCAUUUAGCCCCCAAGCUAGGGAGUGGAUUCUGAGGAACACCCAGACCACACAGGGGGCUAGCGGGAUUUACUCCACCCAGAAGAACUCAUCAGAGCAGGCAGAGAAAUGGAGAUUUAGCAUUCCCUUCACACUGGCUCAGGUAGUGCAGAGAGUGUGUGGACCCACCAUGAAGCUGUUUGGGUACAGGUUUGUGGAUGAUGAAAAGACACUGAUGAAUAAGUCCAUCAGUUUGCUUGAAGAGAAACUGUUUCAUUAAUCGAGACGUCAUAAAUGUAGCUGUGAAUCUGCAAAGCGCUGCACACGAUGGGUUGAAGCCAGGAGAAGCCAUUAUUGCACAGACCAAAACUAGUCAGCAAAGGUGCCAUAACAGACACGAAAUGUUUUACUGGUGACAGUAAGCUUUGGGCCAUACGAUAAUAUUCAUACACACCAAUAAUGUGCCUCAUUGUGACAAAUGAAGAGCCACUUGAGAAAAAGAAAUAUUUAUUUGCAUACUGUGUUCACUGAGAAGCCUGGUAUUUAAGCUUUAUGUGGCGCUUUGUAUUUCAUUUAAAAUGAAAUGAGCAGCUGUCAAGCCUGACUUGUAAGAGAUUCUUAUGUAAAAUUUUAUCUAUAGUUGAUCAUGUUUAGACUUUCAGGGAUAAACUAAAGGUAAAGUGAAAGUGAUGUGUCAUUUGUCUGUCUCUGUGUGUGUGUCCGAGGCCUAGUCCACACGGACACAGGUAUUUUUGUAAACUGAGUUUUUCCCUCCUUCGUUGUCGAAGCAAAUCCUGUCCACACACAUUCAGUACGUUUACAUGCACAGUUAAGGCGAGCUACGGUUAUAGCUGGACUAGGCCAUUUAAUUGGACUUCUGUCCUUGUCCCAGUAUACAAGCACAUGAGGGAAUCAGUUUAUUGACCAAAGUAUGUCCAGCUCCCCUACAAUAGGUGGCUUUUCACAGACCAAACAAUCGAGCGUCGUCCAGGUCGCCAUUCCGUGUUUUCCUCCCAUCCAUGUAUUUCAAAGUAUUGAACUGUUUCAGCUGACGCAUCAUGAACUUCUUCUCCUCGUCCAUCCAAAAAUGCACAGCUCUGAAUGUAGAUUUCGCCAAGUUGCUACUGGCUUCUUCUUCUGUUAUGUAUUAAUAAGAUUCGACUCCCGAGUCAAAGCCAGAAAACUCUGGAGCAUGCACAGAGCACCUAGGCCAGUUUGGGUCCGAUUGACUGUAUACAUACAUGCAGGAGUAAUCUGACUCCCAAUCACAUUAUCUAGGUGUUUGUCUGACGUUGAGAAAUUAGAUUAUGAUUUCAGUCCGUCUAACAUGUUAACAUGUGUUUUGAAAGUCUGGUUUUAGUCGGACAAACACAAUAAACUGAUUUUCUCUAAUGUCAUGUAAACGUACUGACUGUUCUAAAUAAAAAAUCUAUCAAAAUGAAAAUGCCAGAACACAAUUGGAGCAUUGUUAAGAGCAUGCCAACUCAUAGGCGUUGAUAUAACUGUAACCUUAAAGCAAUGUGAAGAAGAAGAUGUUAGCCAAUCAGAAGGCUACCUGGAGCAGUGACCUCCGUUGCACAUUCUGACGCCUUUGUUUCUUAAUAUAGUUGGAGAGAAACUGUACAUUUAGGUGUAAACAUGUAAAAAGUCCUGUUUGCAAGGUUAGAACUGGCACUAUUUUGUUCAUGUCCACCACUGCAUGAAAUGCUGCAUCAUUUGUGAUGCCUCACAAAGGACUUAACGGUACACACACUGACAUCACUGUCAUCUUUGCCCUGGCCAGAGUCUUACAAAAGGUUAUUUUUAGUGACCUAAAACUCAGUUUGUGUGUGGACAGAGGCCCAAAGAGCAUUAUAAACUCGUGGUUACAAAAAUACCUAUAUCUGUGUGGACUGAGCCUGAAAGAGAGGUUGUUUCUGUCUAGUCCUCAUGACGCUAGUGCUUCAUUCUGCCUUGUUCAGUCUGAAUUUUAUAGAUCUGUACUCACCCAGGCAACUGAAAGAAUCACUUUAGAUUAGAUCUGAUGUUCUUUCAUAGGGCUUUACAUAUCCGACUCAGGUGAGGUAAACGUGGCAUUGUAUUUUGUGGUGUCUUUAUGAUGAGUGUUCACAUCUCCACGAAAGCACGUUGUGUAAAAAUACAGAAUAAUCUCUAAUGUCUUUAACCAAAUGCCGUUUAAAGCAAUUCUCAGUGUACCAUUAAAAAGAGGCCAAUUAAAAUAGAUAUAUAAUACUCAUGAGAUUAUAUAACACGAGUAGUGUAAUACUAUAGAAGAGUUAUAUCUUAGGUCAGAUACCUACAUGUGUCUUUAACAUACAAGAGUUGCUUUUUCCCAAUAGCCGGUAGCCACAGUCGUAAUGUGUUUCCCAGUGCUGCCUCCUCACCUCUAAGGAAACAGGCAGUUUGGGUGUUAUUUCACAGAAGUGGCUCUCAACAGAUAAUAUUUUUUUCCAAUUAUUUCCCAACUCAGAAAUAAAAGCACCGGAAAUAUUAAGUCCUGCAAAAUUCUAAAUAUUCCCCCUUUAAAGUUAUUAUUCAUGAGAUUUGUAUAUGUUUGGUGAUACAUUAUGGUUUUGGUGACUACUAAUACUAUAUAAGAUGUACGUAUGUAGCUGUAUUAAUGUGGCCUAUCACUUUAAGUGAAACCCAGGUGCUGUUGCAUUAACUGUCACUCUUGAUGGUAUAUAAAGGUAUCCACUGUGACUCUAGUUCAAUGGUAGCAUUGUGUUCAGCUUGGCUGAGGCACUGCCGAAAGUGCCGUGCUGCUCAUGGAAAGGGACAUGCAUUGGAGUUACAUAUAGUAGAGGUCUUAUACUAACUUAGAGUUUAAAACAUAAAUAUGAAUACAUUUUGACUGGCAGGCCACGAGGUGCCCGGACUCACUACUGAAGUAUGUAAGCCAAAAGGGAAUACUGUGAAAUACCAAGCGCAGCUGAAAUAAUGGGUGUAGUCAGUUUAUGCAUUCAACUAAUUCAGAUACCCAUGUGUGGCAAUAAAGUUCAUAAAGGUAUGUUUGAUGGUUGGUGGUUCAGCCUUGAUAGAGAACUGUUUCUAUUGUCAACUUGAAUUAAACAUUUUAAUGAUGGAAAAAAGUAUCAAAACGUCAAUAGCAGAGCUGUUUAAAAGCUGUCUGAGUCAAGUCUCAGUUCUUGUUGAAGCAAGUUUCAAUUCAAGUCUCCGUUCCUAGGAAAAGUCGAAGUUUAUUCACAACUCUGCAUCAGCCAGUGACAAGUUAGUUUCAUGUCCUUCAGGUCUCUUUAUAGAAGAAUUUCCAUGGCAUUUCAACUAUUUAUUUUCCAAAGCCCUGAUAAUUCUCUGCAUAGCUGAGACCAAGUCCUGUCAAUGCAUAGGCCCAAUAAUCUUUAUAAACAGCCAACGGGACAAGAUUUUGGCAUGGCAAGAGUUCAGGGGCCAUAUUCACAAAGCUUCCUACUGCUAAGAGUUGCUCCUAGUGAGGAAAUUCUAAGAAAAUUCUUAGAACUGUAACAUAUUUCCCCUUAAAGUUAAGACUAGGUCCUUGUGAAAAUAAAAAUUCUUCACAGAGCAUUUUAGCCCUUAAAAGAGCACCUAAGCAGAGAGGAAACUUAAGAGUUUCUUAAUCAGAGGAGAAAAUGUUGGAACACAGAGAGGUCAGAGAAAUAUUCUCCAAAUGCUGGAUGACAGUAAGUUAAUGAAAUGCUACAGAUUAGAUCAUGCAGAGAUAAUAUUUGUGGUCGAUCUCAUUAGUGAUACACACACACAUAAAGAAAUAAAAUGAUCAAAGUCGUAAGAUAUUUGGAAAAAAAAAAGCAACAGUGCAGCAGUGAUGGCAUGAGUCUGCAUCAUACCUAGCAACGGGGUCAACCACACCUCCUCACUCAGACACAGGUAUCUGUCUCUUCCUUCCUCAGAACUGCUCUGAGAACUUUCCUAAAUCAUUACUAGGCAAAGACUCCUUACAUAAAUGUUUAGCCGAAGUUAGGAGCUCUCUCAAAAUGUUUGUGAAUACGGCCCCAGGUUUCUGUUUGUAGUCUGAGUCAUAUUGACCAAUCAUGACUAAGCGGCAGGCAAUCUCAGAACCCACUGCCUUCUGUCUGAAGAUUCAUGUAUGCAGAAUCUGUUCAUAGAGAUUAAUCGGCAGGUCAACAGUCUGUGUGGAGAGGCAGAACACACUGUCCGAAAUGCAGUCUCAGAACCCACUGGCUAUCGUCUGACACCAGAGACAAUAGGGAUUAGCCAAAAUGACCAGCGCUUGGCAGAAGAAGUCUUGGCCCAGAUAUCCGCUGGCUACACCGAAUCUUCUGAAAUAUUGUCCCUUGCCCCCAGAGUGUAUAUAUCUUCGUCAGACAGGUAGCUAAUGGGUUCCGAGAUUGCAGUACUAAUAGUUAAGCAGUCAAGUGGUAUGGCUAUUUAAAGCAAAACCUGAGACAUUAUUAUUUUGCUUUAAAGUCUACUUGGACUUUUAAGUCCUCAUUUCUGUGACUUAAAUCUGCUCUGUUAAACAGAAACUCUUCGCUGUCCAUCCAUAGUAUGUUCAUUUUACAGUUAUUUUGUGUAAAGCUGUCAUCCUUUCAAACUCUUCUGAAAAUACUGUAUUCAGCCACAUUUUCGCAAAGACAUUUGUGCUUGGAAUAAACUGAGCAGAUGGACAAUGAAGUUACUCUCUAACAGCUUUAUAGGUUGUCAAAGUUAGGAAUCUCUUCAAUAACUUGCUGUCAGUGUUAACUAUUAUCACUAAGUUACUGUCAUAUUCUUGUUAUUCUUGCAGGAGAAACCAAGGGCCAAAACACAGAUUAUACUGAAGCAACCAGAAAUGUAUCACACACAUGUAAAUGUUAGAGUUUCUUCUAUUGAAAUGAUGAUUAAAAUGAUUUUCUUGUUGUAAAGUGGUGGUUUGAAGCUGCUUCUGUCAAACAUACGAUGAUUAUUUUUGUUGCAGAUCAAACGUACAAAAUAAAAGCAGCAGUUGCUCGACAUUUUAAAUGACACAUCAUGUUACAGUGCAGCAAAUCACACAUGUAAGUUAAUUUUUGAAGUUUUUCCAGCAGUAUGAAAUUCCAGUCAGCUGCCCAUGAUAACUGUCCAAACGAGGAGGUGGAGGUGGAGGUGGUUUCUAGAAAUUGAUAACUUUUACUUAUAAGUCCUUUUUAUUUCAACUGUUGUAUUUUGUAGUAGAGUGCCCCAGGAAUGAUGUUUUUCUGCAGGCCGGCAUACUUUCUUUUUAUACUUUUAGUAGGUACUGCAGCUGCCCUUAAAAAGUACGUAUUGUUGCAUGCAGUAUGCACACAACUGGGACAUACUACUUUCUUAUAAGAUUAUGCUCUGAACUUCGACCCCCUUGCUUUUAUAUCUGUUACCUUGGAGAUAAAACUAAAUGCCAUUUACUGAGUUCCCAAAGACGGAGAUCAACCUGGAGAGCUCUACUGUUGUUACUUUGCAAUGUGUGUUUAACUAGUUAUAACUGCACAAAUUGUAGAUUCUAACAUAUUAUAUUUGCAACAGUCAAACUACAUCUGCAUUUCUCUGUCAAUUAUUUCUAUAGUUAUGUCCUGUUGUUGUUUUUAAUAGUUAUGAUUAUUUUGUUCACUUAAACAAUCAAUAUUCCUAUUAUUACUAUUUGACUGGUCAUCACUUUUUGAAUGUGCUGUCAUCCGUCAGUGUGUCUUCUAAGAGCUGCCAAUCUGCUGUCAAAUUGUCAUCUGUUUGCAGCUCAGUCAAUGUGACAUAUUGUCCACUGCGCAGAGGACUGUGGGUCAGAAUAGCCAGAAAAGCAUGUUGGCUUGCAUACUGCAAAAUUGGACCAGAUGUAGUAGAACAUCCUGGUAUUUUUGGCAUACUGCAUUAGAGAUACUAUGUAUUGGGAAAUAUUAAAUCUUUGUCUGCCAUACUAUAUAGUAUGGUGGUAUGGGUAAUGGGGUCUACAGUCUAUGUCAGGCCUUCAUAAUAACAACAAGGGGAAAAAGUCAGAUUAAUUCAUAAGAUGUACAAAUAGGUGAAGUAUUCCUUUAAGGAUCAUGGCAAUAUGGGGUAUGGUUUUGGUUAACAAUACUGUGCCUUUGCAUAGAGUAGUUAAAUGAAAAAAAGAAAGAAAGAAAAAAGGGAAAAAACAAAUAAGCAAACAGACAAAACAAAACACAAAAAAGUUGUAGCUGCUUUAAUCAAUCGCACCACCCGGGCAACACGCACAGUGACCCAAAUCAAACACACCUAGUGUACAGGUGCAUGCUGGUUCAGGCUAAUAGACAACAUGCUAACACGCUCAAGAUGCGUCCAGUCUCCUGUGUUCACUGAGGAACUUUCACCGUCAGUGACAUUUGUGAGGAGUUUCUGCUGUUUGUGACGAAAACGUUGUGAAUUUGAGGAGCGCAGUGGGACGAUAUUAACGGGCAGAGACGUUGGAUAGCGUGGUGGUACAGAAGUCCUGCAGAGUGACGUUCAUACAGGUGAGUACAGCAACACACUCACUUAACUCUCUAGAUGAGAACAUCAACAACCACUACUUGCAAGGCAGCAUCGUUUAUGGGCACUUUGCG